GACAUCACAGCGUACGGUGUGACUCUGUCCAAGGAGCUACAAUCUAUAUCCUAUUCUCAACAACAUCAGGUCCAUCCUUGACAGAGACAAAGACGGGUUCCUAGAUCGGAAGGAUGUAUAUUUUAGCUAUCAACUGCGGAUCAUCAUCUAUCAAAGGUAAACUCUAUCCUAUACCUUCUCAACCCACUCAACCGUUGAGAGAUUGUGCUUCUUUAAGCGUCAGUAAUAUAGCUUCUCAUGGUGAGAGAAUCAAGGUUAAAGUGAAUUGGACAGAAGGGGGAAAGGGGUUGGAAGAGGAAGGUGAAGAUGGGGGUAAUGUGGAAUACUCUUCACUAGUACCUAUGCUUCUUGGAAAACUCACUACUUCUGGAUCGGUAAAUAAAGCGGAUAUACAUUACGUCGUUCAUCGUAUUGUACAUGGUGGAACUCAUGAGAAAGGUUUGGUGAUCACUAAAGAUCAUACGGAGGGGUUAGAUGAAAUGGAUAAAUUAUCUGAAUUCGCUCCUCUCCACAACCAUCAUGCCGUCUUAGCCGUUCGAUCAUGUCUGGAAGCAUUGCCAGAUCAUACCAGUUUUCUAGCUUUCGAUACUCUGUUUCAUCAAACAAUACCUCCAGAGACAUACACUUACGCACUGCCUCCAGCUCAUAAACCGAUACAGAUGCCUAUUCGAAAAUACGGUUUCCACGGAUUAUCUUAUGCUUCUAUAGUUCGUUCUCUCGCUGGACACUUGAGAAAACGGGAGGAGGAGAUCAAUAUCGUCGUUGCUCAUUUGGGAAGUGGAGCUUCCGCUUGUUGUAUCAAGGGAGGAAAGUCGAUUGAUACUAGUAUGGGACUAUCACCCCUUGAAGGUCUCAUCGGGGGAACUCGGUCAGGUACUAUUGACCCGACUGCCAUUUUUCACAUGUUUGAAGAUCCCGGUGCUGAUGGAGGGUUGGAGGGUAUACAGGUGACAAAAGCCGAAUUGGUGUUUAACAAACAAUCCGGUUUGCUAGCUUUAGCAGGUACCACCAACUUUGGUCUCCUCCUCUCCCGUCUUUCAAACCCCUCAGACCCAGAACACGGACAAGCCGCACUAGCAUAUUCCAUCUAUCUCGAUAGACUCAUGGGUUACGUCUCACAAUACCUCUUCAAAUUACUUUCUACCCUUCCUCUCUCUUCCAUCGACGGGAUAGUCUUCUCCGGUGGGAUAGGUGAACGUGCUUCUCCUUUGAGAAAAGACGUCUUAUCUCGUUUCUCUUGGCUUGGAGCGGAGGUGGAUGAGGGGAAGAACGAAAGUAAAGAGAUUGAAGAAGGGGUGAAGGAGAUUACAAAACAGGGAAGUGGAUUGAAGGGUUGGGUGGUGGAGACUGAUGAAGAGGGUUGGUGUGCGCAGUUGGCACGGGAGGAAUUUGGGUUUUGAGCUUGGUAUUGUCUUUACGUCGAUAGAUGGCCAAUGCGUUCCGAUCUGUUUUUGUAUCUACCAAAGCUUGUCAAGUAGAUGAUUGAUGACUGUCGCACAUGUC